CUCGUCUUCGGGCUUUGUCGUUCACCUCCGUAGCUAGUUGUUGCUCGUCUGAGGUCUGAACGAUGAUUGACAAUAAUGGCGACGCGGUUAUUCUGAGUUGACUCCAGGGAACCAUCUCUGGCUGACAAAGGGAACAUCUUGGAUGGAUUUUCAGCACCAUACACAACAACAAUAAUAAGGAUAAGCAGUGACCAAAAGGACUACAUUUACCUCAACGAAAAGGACUUGCUAGCCUGGAGAGGUUUUAUCUUGCUAGCAUUGCGAUAGCAUAGCAACUCAGCUCGCUAGCUUGCUAAGUUGAAGAGGUGGCAUUCUUGUGUGUGGAGUGGAGGAGAGACAUAGCCAGCUUGCUGGGUACUGAUAUCUGUCUUUGCUAGCAAUGUUGCUUCUCAAUAGGCUUUUGGGGUGAUUCGUGUCUUAUUCUCAGAGGCAAACCGAGGCGCUUGCAAAUAACGUUAGCUUUUAGGAAUAGUUUUGUGAGACAGCCUCCUUAGGUAGCUAACUUAGCUACUAAGCUAACAGGCUAGCUUUAGGAAUUGUUCCAGUCUCUUUCCUGUUAGGACCUGCUCGCACUUGCAGCUGGAAACUGUCCACCGAUCGCUAGCAACGACUGCUGGCUUGCAAACUUGUUGGAAAGAGUUUUGGUACUGCGCGUCCUUUUUGAAAAUGACCACCGGGAGGAAUAACCGAGCGAUGAUGGAGGGAGUUGGGGCGAGAGUGGUCCGGGGACCCGACUGGAAGUGGGGGAAGCAGGAUGGUGGAGAGGGACAUGUUGGCACUGUUAGGAGUUUUGAAAGUCCAGAGGAGGUGGUCGUUGUCUGGGAUAACGGGACGGCUGCUAACUACCGCUGCUCCGGGGCUUACGACGUGAGGAUAUUAGACAGUGCUCCAACAGGCAUCAAGCAUGAUGGAACCAUGUGUGACACCUGCCGUCAACAGCCCAUCAUUGGUAUUCGCUGGAAAUGUGCUGAGUGCACCAAUUACGACCUUUGCACAACCUGUUACCAUGGAGACAAGCAUCACCUGAGACACCGGUUCUACAGGAUCACCACCCCAGGCAGUGAGAGAGUACUGUUGGAGUCGCGUCGAAAGUCAAAGAAAAUCACAGCAAGAGGGAUCUUCACUGGUGGCCGAGUGGUGAGGGGAGUGGACUGGCAGUGGGAAGACCAGGAUGGAGGCAACGGAAGGAGAGGAAAGGUGACAGAGAUCCAGGACUGGAGUGCCGCCAGCCCGCACAGCGCGGCCUACGUUCUGUGGGACAAUGGGGCCAAGAACCUGUACAGAGUUGGCUUUGAGGGAAUGUCGGAUCUGAAAUGCGUCCAGGAUGCCAAAGGCGGCUCUUUCUACAGAGACCACUGCCCCGUUUUAGGUGAGCAGAAUGGCAACAGAAAUCCUGGCGGUCUCCAGAUUGGAGAUUUGGUCAACAUCGACUUAGACCUGGAGAUUGUUCAGUCGCUGCAACACGGCCACGGAGGAUGGACUGACGGCAUGUUUGAGACGCUCACCACCACCGGCACGGUCUGCGGCAUCGAUGAAGACCACGAUAUUGUCGUUCAGUACCCCAGUGGGAACAGGUGGACAUUCAACCCAGCAGUGCUGACAAAGGCCAAUGCGGUGCGCAGCGGUGAUGUAGCAGCAGGGGCGGAGGGGGGCACCUCCCAGUUCCUGGUGGGAGACCUGGUGCAGAUCUGCUUCGACAUCGACCGCAUCAAGCUGCUGCAGAGAGGCCACGGAGAGUGGGCUGAGGCCAUGCUUCCUACCCUCGGCAAGGUGGGCCGUGUGCAGCAGAUCUACUCCGACAGUGACCUGAAGGUCGAGGUUUGUGGAACUUCUUGGACGUACAAUCCCGCCGCCGUCACCAAGAUCGCCCCCUCCGGCUCGGCUGUCAGCAACGCCUCUGGAGAGCGUCUGUCUCAGUUACUGAAGAAACUAUUUGAGACACAAGAGUCCGGAGACAUCAACGAGGAGCUGGUCAAGGCAGCAGCCAAUGGCGACUUGGCCAAGGUGGAGGACAUCCUCAAGAGACCCGAAGUGGACGUGAACGGGCAGUGUGCGGGACACACUGCUAUGCAGGCAGCCAGUCAGAAUGGGCACGUGGAUGUGCUGAAGCUGCUGCUCAAACACAACGUUGACCUGGAAGCUGAGGACAAAGAUGGAGACCGGGCAGUGCACCACGCAGCCUUCGGUGAUGAGGGCUCUGUCAUUGAGGUGCUGCAGAGGGGCGGUGCUGACUUGAAUGCCAGGAACAAGCGAAGGCAGACGCCAUUACACAUAGCUGUCAACAAGGGACACCUGCAGGUUGUCAAGACCCUGCUGGACUUUGGCUGCCACCCGAGCCUUCAGGAUUCAGAGGGGGACACACCCCUGCACGAUGCCAUAAGCAAGAAGAGAGACGACAUGCUGUCAGUGCUGCUGGAGGCUGGGGCCGAUGUCACCAUCACCAACAAUAACGGCUUCAAUGCUUUGCAUCACGCUGCACUGCGAGGGAACCCAAGUGCCAUGCGCGUGCUGCUAUCUAAACUGCCGAGGCCUUGGAUCGUAGACGAGAAGAAGGACGACGGUUACACUGCACUGCACCUGGCUGCCCUCAACAACCACGUGGAGGUGGCUGAGCUGUUGGUGCACCAGGGAAGUGCCAGCUUAGACAUCCAGAACGUCAACCAGCAGACGGCGUUACACCUGGCAGUGGAGCGUCAACACACCCAGAUAGUCCGGCUGCUGGUGCGUGCAGAGGCCAAGCUUGAUGUGCAGGACAAGGACGGGGACACACCACUUCACGAGGCACUGCGUCACCACACACUGUCCCAACUGCGGCAACUCCAAGAUAUGCAGGAUGUCAGCAAAGUGGAGCCCUGGGAACCUUCCAAGAACACAUUAAUCAUGGGCCUCGGCACCCAGGGGGCGGAGAAGAAGAGCGCAGCAUCCAUCGCCUGCUUCCUGGCAGCUAACGGAGCGGACCUGACCAUUCGUAACAAGAAGGGCCAGUCCCCUCUGGACCUGUGUCCAGACCCCAGCCUCUGCAAAGCUCUGGCCAAAUGUCACAAAGAGAAGAGCAGUGGCCAGGUGGGCACCCGCAGCCCGUCUCAGAACAGCAACAACGAGACGCUGGACGAGUGUAUGGUGUGUUCAGACCUUAAGAGAGACACUAUCUUCGGGCCCUGUGGACACAUCGCCACCUGCUCCCUUUGCUCACCUCGGGUUAAAAAGUGUCUUAUCUGCAAGGAUCAGGUCCAGUCAAGAACUAAGAUUGAAGAGUGCGUAGUCUGCUCUGACAAAAAAGCAGCCGUUUUGUUCCAGCCCUGCGGUCACAUGUGCGCUUGUGAGAACUGUGCCAGCCUCAUGAAGAAGUGCGUACAGUGCCGGGCUGUUGUAGAACGCCGCACCCCUUUCGUUAUGUGCUGUGGUGGGAAAGGUAUGGAGGAUGAUGCCGCUGAUCAUGAUGAUGAUGAUGAUGAUGAUGAUGAUGAUGAAAAUGAUGAUGAUGAUGAUGAUGAUGAUGAU